GGAUAGUUUCUUUGUGUAGGCAGCAACGUGAGGAAAACAAACGUACCCGGGAACACGGUGCAGGGCGAGGAGACGGAACGAGGUCGGCACAUGAAGUUAGCAGACAGUUAGCAUGGACUCUACAGGACAAUAUUCCUAACCUGGAGGAAUUCUUUCCAUCUGUGGACACUUCCGGACUAGAGGAAUAUUAAUAAGACAGGAAAGGACGGGGACUGAAGGUUUAGGACAGCCUCCAGCUCAUCUGUGGGACGAGACCCUUCUGACUUCAGGACGUCCGUCUGGAAUUAGUUCCCCCUGAAGAACAAGAAUGAGUUCUCCACAAAAGAAACGGAGAGGACAGAGACCCAAACAUCACCACUGUCAAUACUGUGACAAAUCUUUCACAACAUCUGGAUAUUUAAACAUUCAUCAGAGAGUUCACACUGGACAGAAUCUACACAGCUGUGAUCAAUGUGGGGCAGCUUUCACACUACAGAGUACCCUAAAAAGCCAUCAACGCCUUCACACUGGACACAAUCUACACAGCUGUGAUCAAUGUGGGGCAGCUUUCACACUACAGAGUAACCUAAAAAGACAUCAACGUAUUCACACUGGAGAGAAGCCGUACACGUGUGAUCAAUGUGGUGCAGCUUUCACACAUCAGAGUGACCUAAUAAAACAUCAACGCUUUCACACUGGACAGAAUCUUCACAGCUGUGAUCAAUGUGGGGCAGCUUUCACACACCAGAGUAACCUAAAAAUACAUCAACACAUUCACACUGGAGAGAGGCCGUACAGCUGUGAUCAAUGUGGCGCAGCUUUCAUACAACAGGGGAACCUAAAAAUACAUCAACGCGUUCACACUGGAGAGAAGCCGUACAGCUGUGAUCAAUGUGGGGCAGCUUUCACACACCAGAGUACCCUAAAAACACAUCAACACAUUCACACUGGAGAGAAGCCGUACAGCUGUGAUUUAUGUGGUAAAACCUUUUCUCGGAGUGAUAGCCUAAAAAGCCACCAGCGCAUUCACACUGGAGAGAAGCCGUUCAAGUGUGAGCAAUGUGGGGAAACUUUUUCUUGGAGUAGUCACCUUAAAUAUCACCACCAGCGCAUUCACACUGCCUCGUUGUGAACAUGUUUCCGAGCCAAGCUGUUUCCUCCUGCCUCCUCCUCAUGCCCUGAUAGCUGUGUUGUUAUAUUCUGA